AUGGCAUCCUCCAAGGCCACCGUUGCCCUGGCCACCGCCGCCGCCGUGGGCGGGGCAUGCGCCUUUGUGGCGCCGAGCGCGAAGACGGUGAGCGCCACUCCUGCACUCCGGGGCCAAGUGCGAAGCACUCAGGCCAGUGGACUGAGCCCCAACGCGGCGGCGGCCGUGGCGCUCAGCAGCGCUGCAGUGCUGGUGAGCCAGGCCCGUAAGGCUGGAUCCAAGACCAGUGCCCUGAAAGCCUUCGAGCAGGAGUUGGGCGUGCAGCCUCCUGUGGGCUACUGGGACCCCGCCGGCUUGGCCCGAGAUGGUGACGUCGAAGCGUUCCAGCGUAGGCGCUCCGUAGAGCUCAAGCACGGCCGCAUUGCCAUGCUCGCGACCAUGGGCUACAUCACCCCUGAGAUCGCCGGCAAGUUCCCAGGCUACCUCUCGCCCAGCGCGGGCCUGAAGUUCGCCGACGUGCCCAACGGUUUGGCAGCCAUCUCCAAGGUGCCAGCAGGUGGUUGGACUCAGAUCCUGCUCUACAUGGGCUGGUGCGAGGUCUCCCGUGGCCCAGGCUCCGACAUUGCUAGCGGCCGCCCCGGAGACUUUGGCUGGUAUGUGCUGAGCUCAGCGGACCCGGAGCAGAAGAAGAAGAAGCUCAGCGCCGAGCUGGCAAACGGAAGACUCGCAAUGAUGGCCAUCAUCGGCAUGUUCUACCAGGACGGCUUGACCGGCUCCGCUUGGGGCGACUGGUCCAACUUCACCGACUCCCCGCUGCGAGCCUUCGAGCAGGAGCUUGGCGUGCAGCCUCCCGUGGGCUACUGGGACCCUGCUGGCUUGGCUCGGGAUGGGGACGUGGAGGCCUUCCAGCGCAGGCGCUCCGUAGAGCUCAAGCACGGCCGCAUUGCCAUGCUCGCGACCAUGGGAUAUAUCACCCCUGAGAUUGCUGGCAAGUUUCCUGGAUAUUUGUCCCCCAGCGCGGGGUUGAAGUUCGCUGAUGUGCCCAACGGCUUGGCUGCCAUCUCCAAGGUGCCUGCAGGUGGUUGGACUCAAAUCUUGCUCUACAUGGGCUGGUGCGAGGUCUCCCGUGGCCCAGGCUCCGACAUUGCCAGCGGCCGUCCAGGAGACUUCGGAUGGUAUGUCCUGAGCUCCGCAGACCCGGAGCAGAAGAAGAAGAAGCUCAGCGCCGAGUUGGCAAACGGACGUUUGGCCAUGAUGGCAUGUUCUACCAGGAUGGUCUCACUGGCUCCGCCUGGGGCGACUGGGCCAACUACGCCGACUCCCCAUUGA